GGCCUCUUCGCCCCGGCGGGCAGCUCUAAGACUUUGCCAAACCCUCCCGAUCCCCCAUUUCCCUCUCUCUACCUUACAUCUGAAGAAACAGCCCGGCGUUACGUCAGAAAGUGCAGGGCAAGCAAGACAGCGUCUUAGGAGCUAUUCGUAGGCAUUGCUGCCAAACCCGGCUUGGGACUGCUCACGAGCUUACUGCAGCCAAUGCAAUUUACAAAUUCAACUCUUUUAAAAGAGCAGCAGUAUGUGGUAUCUGUUGCUGGCACAAUUGCGCAAAAAAAUCCCAACAGUAUAAACGGUGUAAAGAUAAAGAGUACGCUGGUUUACCUUGUAGCCUCACUGAAAACACCAUGACAUGAUGAAGCAACAGAGAUUUUUGACGCACAGAGAUUUCUGCAGCAUUUUUUGAGUUUGAUUCUUUGCUGAUCUCAAAAACAACAUGCCCCACGCUCGAAAUAGGAACCCUAGCCCCAUCCCAGAGGUAACAUGGGACACGGGAUUGAAGGAGAUGAACGAGACCUGGAAAGGAGCUAUAGCUUGUCUCGGGGUGGCCGUCUUUUUUGUAAUGACCAUCGGAAUCAUAUACUGGCAAGUUGUGGAUCAGCCUAACAAAAACUGGAUCCUCAGGGGGACUUUUAGCGGACUGAUCUGGGAGAGAAGAACCCACUCCUUGGUCAUACAGACCUUGACGGAGGACAACACCUAUGUGGAAAUUGACGUCGGGAAUGUGGGGAACCCCGACAUUGAGGUUCCCUUCGUGAGGAACCUGUGCUGGCUGAAUAAAACGGAGUUCUGCUAUACGUGGGACUCGGUGGCCGAGGUGAAGAUCUCGCUGGAGGUGAAUGAAGAGACGGAGACGGAGUGCUACAGUAUGACUUGGACGCCGGUGCACUGUCAUGUGGAGUUGAAGGACUGUUUCUCCAUGACCAACGUGUCCUGGUACGGUGGCGCCAGUGUCCGGGGUCAGACCUGGCCUAUCAACGACCAGAACGCCACCAUGCAGCCCUUCAUUGUCAGUGAUCUGAAGGACAAUCCCUCUGGCUUUGGCUCGGCUCUGGAACGCUACUUCCUGGGCUCAUCAGGUGUUGCAGUGCUGGUAUCUCCUGAUAUACCCCUGCAGCUGGGAGUGGACAGCAGACAGCAAUUCUGCCUGCAGUCACUGCCUAGUAUGGAGCGUCUCCCUCUACAGUACUCAGUGUGUGUGGCCCACAACGUGAAAGCCGCGCACCAGGAAGCAGUGAAACAGCUCUCACAGCACAGCAGGGAGCUGCCUAACAUGAAGGCACUGUGGUUGCCGUUUUGGAAGCUGCUCACCAAUGUGGAUUCAGGGCCGAAGGUGGAGAGGGAGCUGAGGACCUUCUCUAAUCGUCUGAGGAGACACCAUUUGGGGGAGGGAGUCAUCAGCCUCAAUGAACAUUCCACCAACCUCCUCUCUGAUAUGGACCAUGACUACCUCAACAGCAGGAAAAGGGGGAUGUCCAAGAGACUGACCAGGGACCUCCCACUUGUCAAGCUUCUUAACAUUUCCAUCUCCCUGUCCCCUUUCCUGGGCGUGGACACCACGCAGUUCCACACCUCUCUCAUGGACGGCACUGAGGCCUACUGGCUCAGUCUCCCCUCAGCCCCUCAGGGACACCUGAUCCCUGUGAUGAGUCAGUGGCGAGGGAGGUUCUGUGUAAAGCUGAACAUCACAAACCCAGGAGCCGUGAGCUGGUUCCUGGAUGGAGUGGGAUCCCUGGAGGCCCACUUGGGGAUGGAGUACAUCAUGCUUGAGGGGGGCGAGGGGAAUCCAUUUGAGGAGCAGGCCCUGCGGGCACCACAUGCUCUAGGUGGAGACAAGUACAUCAGCCUGCUGGCCGACCUGGCCACCAAGAUCGGAGACUCCACCAUUAUGACAGCAGGGACCCGGUCGAGCCACAAGCCGCUGUUUGUGAGGAUGACCCCCUUGCAGUCCGACUGGAGCCCAAUGGGCCUGAAGGGCAUCAUUCCCUCCCUGCUGCACCACACUCUGCUGGGAUACAACUUCCUCAUUCCUGAUGCAGUAGGUGGCUCUCUGUCUGGAGACCUGGUCACAGAUGAAGAGUUGUUCAUCCGUUGGCUUGAGAUUGCAGCUUUUCUCCCUGUUAUCAGCUUCCACACACCACCAUGGGUCUACGGAGAGGAUCGGGUGCUAAACCUAACUCAGACCUACAUAACAAAGCACCAGAGGGAUGUGGUCCCACUCAUAGAAAAGUAUGCAGAUGAGUGGCAGAUGACAGGAAACCCCAUCUACCGGCCGAUGUGGUGGCUCAGUCCCAGUGACCCCAUGACCUUCACCAUCAAUGACCAGUUCCUCAUCGGAGACGAGGUCCUGGUAGCGCCAGUGGUGGAGAAGGGAGCAGUGCAGAGGGAUAUUUAUUUGCCUGACGGAGGCUUCCAGUGGCAGGACAGCCAGAACGCUCAGGUGUUCGAUGGGGGGACGUUUCUACAGGACUACCCCGUGCCCCUGGAGGAGGUGGCCGUUUUCUUACGGAGAAGCUGAGUCAUAUGACUGAUUCAACAAGUGACCUGACUUAUCCUGUUUCUCUUUUGAAUCAAAUUCUUUUUUAAUAUUUGUGCUGUUCUCAACUUGCACUUUUCCACAAAAGACCAUUGACCCUGCCUCAAGGCCCUGUCUUGAGACAAUAUGUAGAAAGAUUUUUUUUAUACUUGCACUUUACAGUUCAAAAUGAUUUGUAUUUUUUUUUCCCUUUGUGACAUUUUUUCUUCCUUUUUUUAAAAAUGUUAAUCGGUUUUACCUCUUGGCUGAUUUGUUUCUGGACUUUUUGCUCUGUUCUGCUUUUUUGUAUGUAAGUUCCAGAGCAAUCUGUGUGUUUACAUACUGCAUUUCUACAGUCUUUACAUUUUUAGUUGCUGCUGGCUCUCUUGAUAAGGAGGAACAAAGCAAGCCCCUUGUUUGCUUUAAAAGCAAAAAAUCUGAAUCUCUCCAGAAGACCAAAUGAAGAUAGAAAAGAACAAAGGAGGAUGUCUGAAAGGGCUUUAUCGAGGGGGAAACGCUUAUUGGGAGGAGAUGAGCUCACAGAAAGCUUUGUAUGGAGACUGACGCAUCGUGAUACCGUAUAUAUCUUAUUGACUCAUCGGAAAGGCUUUUACUUGAACUUAUCAGGCCGAAGGGCUGAUGUUUUAUGAAUGUACCUCAAGUUACAGUUUUCCACUGCUUUACAGAGUCAUCAGACACAACAAACUAUCACUUAUCCCUUAGCACUUAUUCUUAGAAUAGUUUAACUUAAUUUAUCAACAUACCACUCUGUUGGACACGCCUGAAUGUCCCUUAGUACUGUAGGCCAGAUGAACUUGAGGCCACUGUCAUUGUAACUAUAUACUAUGUUUGAAUUUAUCUUCUAGAUGUUACCUUCUUAUUAAUCUGCUGUAGUAAGGGCUUUUAAAUUUGCUGCUCUUUUUUUUAUACUAACGCUGUCCGAUAUUGUGUUGCUUUAUGCUCUUUCAUGAGUGCCAAAUGAAGUUAUAUAAAAAAAGCCUUGUUGAUAACACCACAGAGGUGGAAAGGACAUUUGGAAAUUAUAGUUAGACAUUUGGGAAAAUUUGCUUAUUCACAUUCUUGCUGAGAGUCAAAUGAGAAGACCAACACGACUCUUGUGUCUGUACAGUAAAGGUGAAGCAACAUUCAGAAGCUAGCUAACUUAGCUUAGCACAAAGACAGGAAAUGGGGGCAACAGCUAGCUGGGCUAUGUCCACAAGUAACCAACAGCUCAUAAACAUGUUAUGUAUCAUUUUAACAUUUUAUAUAUCAUUUGUUUAAUUUGUACAAAAAGGAAGUGCGAAAACGACAAAUUGUGGUUUCACAUGCCGGACUAGUUCUUGGCCAGAGGCAGUUACUUCCACUAGUGUCCACUCUUUAUGCUAAGCUAAGGUAACCUUCUCCUGGCUAUAGCCUUCCUAUUUAACAGGCAGAUAUAGGAAGUGGUAUGGAUUUUCUCCUUAAACUCAUGGCAUGAGAGUGAAUACAUGUAUGUCCCAAACUGUAUUCACAAGGACGACAUGGGGAAAAGAGUCUUUAAAAGCAUAACAUAACCCCAUAUGAUUUCUGCCUUCAUGUGUGCCUUUAUUUAGCCUGCUCUGUUGAAGUGCCCUUGUAAUCACAUCCAUUUCCAUUGCUUGCUUCAGUUCAGUAGCAUUUCUUAUUGGGUUUGAACCUGGACUAAAAGCAAAUGACAUGUAAAUGAGAACUGAUUCUCUUUUGUGAUUAUAUUCAAAAUCAGCCCAUGACGAAAUGUAACCACCACGUUUGCACCAUGAUAUAUUGCUCCAUAUACAGUUAGUUAGUUGACAGUACUCUUUGGUACUUUUACCUUAUUGAUUUGUUCUUCACAAGACAAUCUUAACUUGUCAGCGGUGAUGAUACAGACUUAGUGAAUGCUUUACCACUAAAUUGACUGUAACUUUGAUCUAACAAGUUUACUGUAUCAACACUCAGGUCUACUGAAGCUUAUCUAAUCACCAAAUGUCUUAGCACAACACAGUAUGUUGUGAACACAUCAACGUCUUAAUUUCUCCUAAAGCUGAAUGUACAAUGGACAAACUGUGAUUUCCCAACCAAGCCCUUCAUGUGAGGAGCUUUUCUAGUUCCCCGUUCUAAUGUUUUAAGGAAUGCUGUGGUACGUUCGCGUAUAAGUUGCAGGAAAAGCUUUGUUAUUCCCUCUACAGACUGAGCAAACAUGAUGUCAUUUGCCUUAAUAUGCCACUCUUAAAUCUGGACAACACAAGUGUCUGGAUUAUUGCAGUAUCAGCAAUGUACAUAUUACGAUGACUGUGCCAUUACAAGUGUUUUUCUCUUCUGUAAAUCAGAGAAUUUAGACUGACAAUGUUGCAAUAAAGUUUACAUUUUCUUACUUCA